AUGCUGGGUGGCACCACGACGAACGUGCAUGAACUGCGACUGUCGCCGCUGCGCGGUCUCACGCCCCGGAUUUUGGAUUACUUGUUUCAGCGACUCGCGGCGCUCUCGCGGGAGCGGAAUGCCGCGUUUUACAGCGGAGAGGAGCAGGAGCGAGCCCUGCAGUACACGCUGGCGUGUUCAUACUUGGAGAUUUACAACGAGAAGAUUUUUGACCUACUGGAACCCAGUGGAUCGGUCGCUGCACAGCAACCGAAGAGCCUUCGUGAAGACCGCAACAAGGAGGUGUAUGUGGACCAGCUACGCGAGAUUGAUGUGGGGAGCGAGGAGGAAGCGCUGACGUUGCUGCAACUGGGCUCGCAGAACCGGCAUAUUUCGUCGACGGACAUGAACCGCGAAAGUUCCCGGUCUCAUGCCGUUUUCUCGGUCAAAUUGGUGCUUGAGGAGCGCACGUCCGCCGGAGUGAAACGCACGCGCCGCUCGUGCUUGCACUUGGUGGACCUGGCAGGUAGCGAGAAGCAGCGACAGACGCGAGUGGCUGGCAAGCGGUUGAAAGAGGCUGCGCAGAUUAACAAAUCUCUGUCGGCGCUUGGCAACGUGAUCAUGGCGCUUGUGGAUGUGAGCAAUGGACAGAAGAGGCACGUACACUACCGUGACUCCAAGCUUACCUUCCUUCUGCGCGAUGCGUUGGGAGGCAACGCUAUCACGAGUAUUGUGGCAACGAUUUCGCCCGAUGAGAAGUAUUUUACUGAAACCCUGAGUACGCUCAAAUUCGCUCAGCGCGCCAAGUUUAUCAAGAAUAACGCUGUGCAGAACGAGGAUGCGGACUCGCUCGUGCCGGUGCUAAAGGAGCAGAUUGAGAAGUUGAUGCUGGAGAUUGCGACGUUGCGAAGUGGCGCCGAAGCCGAGGCCCGAGCUCAGGAGAAGAAGAAGAAGCAGAAUCGCUGGGAACCUGCGCUUGACAUGAUGCAGAAACUGCUGCGCGCUAGUGGUGCUUUGUCUCCCGCCGACAUUGCUGAGGAAAACGGAGAGGAGCCCCAGCAGCAGGAGCGGGAUGUCGUGGAGGCCCGUUGCGAUCGACUGGAGAUGCUGCUGUACCGCAUGAUUUGCCGCUUUGAAGAGUACAAAGAGGUCACUUUUGACCCCGAGCGCUACAAGUACAGUCGUCGCCCGCACCAGCUCAAGCCGAGCAAGCUUCAGGCCCCGCGGAUGUCAAUGCUCCCUGCACCAAAGAGAUACAGUGGUUCUGCGUUGCGCUACCAUCAUGUAGACAACCAGGAGCACUCUGCCGAUGAUGAUGAGACUGCCGCUGCGCUUGCGGCAGCCGAGAAGCGAGAGCGUGAGCUGUACAAAAAGGUUCAAGAUCAACAGCGUCGUAUUGACGAGCUGCUUCGUCGAUCCGAGGAGGCUGAGGCCGAGAACGACCUCAUUCGUCAUGAGCUUUGUGAACUAUUGGAGUGGAAGGCAUUUGUCGAAGAACAGCGACGCCGUGUCAGUGAUGCCCCUCAAGAGACGCCGAUGCUUGAAGAAUCGACUGUGCCGAGCGAAGAAAUGCAGGAGCUGCAAGAGCUGCUCAACGUGUACCGGUCGUUGUUCGAUGACGUCACUGAACUCGUGUACUCGAAGAAGCCUGUGCUGUGCAGUCCUCCCAGCCCGAAAUCGGGAUCUUCUGUAGUGACAGACUCCAACUCGACCAGCUAUGCCUCUGGGGACGAAGAUGAGACCGGUGAUGACUGCAUGUCGUUGGAUGGGUUCGAUGCCAGCGAAGAUGGUGAUGGAGGUGUCAGCGACACGUACCGCGAGAUUCGUCGUGUGAACUCCCUAAGCUCGCGUCUCGGCCGGAAGCUUGAUCUCUACCAGGACGCAAUUCAGCGCCUUGAGAAGGAGUUGCAAACCACUCAGGACGAGCUGGAGACCUCAAGUGCUGCCACUAAGUUCGCCGAGUUCCAGCUCCAGCAGCUCCGCACAAUGGCAGCAGACGAGGAAGCGAAGCAGAAUCAAGCCGAGGAUGAGCUGCGCAAGAAACUUGAGGACCUGGAGCAAACAGUUCGCUUCCAACGGGGCGAGAUGUCUAAAGUUCUGAACGAGAAGGCGGCGGACGAUGCGCGUGCUCUUGAGCAUGAGCAGGAGGUGGCACGGCGUGAGGUCGAGCGUCUGGAGCACAGCCUUCGCAGCAGCAGUGAUUCUGGGGACAACGACAAUGACAAGGAAGAGAUGACAAGUGCGUUGCAGGCUGCUCAGAAGCGAAUUGAAGAUUUAGAGCGAGAGAUAGAGACCUCGCAACAGUCUCCCCCCGUUACCAAGGAACUACCGAAGGCAAGCGGUGACGAGACCCCAGUUCAACUGCAGACAUUACUUGACCGUGCUCUGGAAGACAACGCGAAGCUCCUGGAGACAGUACGUGAUCUGCAAGGCAAGCGGCAACGGAGCGGUGCCAACCUGCAGCUAUUGUCAUCAUUGCUGGCCGCGGCCGCCGCGGGAGACCAGAAAGAUCCCAACGACGCAAGUGACGACAGCAAGGCUGACGAAUUGACCCGAUUAAGGUGUGAAAUCGCCACGCUUCGGCUGCAACGAAGUGGAGCUGGAGACUUCAUUGGAGACAGUGACGCCCUCCCUAAAGUAAGUAAGUGGUCGUAG